CUCUCUCUCUCUCUCUCUCUCUCUCUCUCUCUCUCUCUCUCUCUCUCUCUCUCUCUCUCUCUCUCUCUCUCUCUCUCUCUCUCUCUCUCUCUCUUUCUCUCUCACCCACAUUGCAGUCCUGUCACGUUCCCUCUGCUCCCCCCAUCCGCCUCAACCGCUCCAGGAGAGGAAAGGAGAGAGGGAAGGAAGAGUGCAGCUGAAAAGCAAACAGACAUGUCGACAGCCAACGCAUAAAGUCCCCCAUCGGCUGUUCGUGGAUUUCUUCGCGGAACCUGAUGUGGUGAGGGGUGGGUGUGUGCCGCUGCCCUGGGCUGGGCUGAAGGCAGAGGAGGUAGGAUGCUGUGGCUCUCCCUGCUGUCUGUGGUGGUCCUGGGUUGUGUGACCCCGACCCAGACACACACUCACACACACGCCCCGACGCCCACCUCCACACACACCCCUAUGGUGGACAGCUCGGAGGAGGAGGUGGACGAACCGUGCUUCGAGCCGUGCACGUGCGAGGUCAAAGAGGGCGUGUUGCACGUGCACUGUGAUGGGCGGGGCUUCACUAACGCCAGCCAGGUGUCCCAGUCCUGGCUCCGCCCCUUCAAGCUCAACCUGCAGAGGAACUCCUUGAGGCGUCUCUAUAGCAACGGCUUCCUGCACCAUAGCAAUGCCGUGGCGAUAAACCUAGGCAACAACGCGCUGCAGGACAUCCGUGCCGGGGCGUUUCAUGGUCUGGGGACACUGAGACGCCUCUACCUCCACGAGAACAAGCUGGAGGUGUUCCGCAACGACACCUUCUCUGGCCUGGAGGCACUGGAGUACCUGCAGGCCGACUACAAUGUCAUCAAACGCAUCGACAGCGGGGCACUACGCUACCUGCUUAAAUUACGAGUGCUCAUCCUCAACGACAACCUGAUCCCUGCUCUGCCUCCUCACCUCUUCAGAUCUGUGUCUCUGACCCACCUGGACCUGCGGGGGAACCGUCUGAAGAGCCUGGCCUACGCCGGGACCCUGGAGUACGUGGGCCGUAGCCUGAUGGAGCUCCAGCUGGAGGAGAACCCCUGGAUCUGUGGCUGUGAGGCAGUCCAGCUGCAGACCUGGCUGGGACACAUCCCCUACACCGCAGUGGUGGGGGACAUCACCUGCGAAUACCCCUUCCACCUGCACGGGAAAGACCUGAGGGAGAUACCACGCAAAGAACUGUGUGCCGGAGAGGUGGAGGGAGAGGGGGAGAAGGAGGGAGAGAGGGAGAAGCACGGAGGGGUACAGCCUCCUCAGCAUCCACCCUCUAACCCGAAAGCGAACCCCAAACCUGGGAGGCCCAGACCAACCAAACCGUCCUCCAUGGUUCACCAACAGAACACACAUACCUCAUCUUCGUCGACUUCUUCAUCAUCGGUGGAGCGGAGGGGUAGAGAGAGGUCCCCUCGGCCCACCAAGCGUCCCCGGCCCUCCAGGACACCCCCCACCCAGCGUAGCCUCCUCCCCAACCAACCCCCUCCCAUCGCAGGGUACCAGACUCGCCCCCCCAUCCCCAUCAUAUGUCCUCUGGGGUGCACCUGUAACCUCCACAUCUCAGACCUAGGGUUGACAGUCAACUGUAAGGAGAGCGGCUUCCAUAAUGUGUCCCAGCUCACGCCACGCCCCCUCAACGGACGGAAGCUGUACCUCAGCGGCAACCUCAUCCAGCGGAUCUAUAAGUCAGAUUUCUGGAAUUUUUCCAGUCUGGAUCUACUUCACCUGGGAAACAACCGGAUCUCCUUUAUUCAGGAGGGAGCGUUCUCCAGCCUGCCGACCCUGAGGAGUCUCUACCUGAAUGGCAACAACCUGCAGAGGCUUAGCCCACACAUGUUCCUGGGUCUACUUAACCUCAGGUAUCUGUACUUUGAGUACAAUGAGAUCGGUGUGGUGGAGGUGGGAGCUUUCAGCCCCAUGCCGUCUCUCCAGCUGCUCUUCCUCAACGCCAACCUGCUGAGGUCACUUCCUAUCGGAGUGUUCCAGGGCAUCUCCCUCUCUCGCCUCAACCUCCGCAACAACCACUUCCUCAGCCUGCCUGUAGAGGGGGUGUUAGAGGACCUCACUGGACUGGUGCAGGUGGACCUGCAGCAGAACCCAUGGGAGUGCCGGUGUGAUGCGGCCCCUCUGAAGCGCUGGCUGGAGGGCCUGAGUGCGGUGGUGGUGGUGGGGGAGGUGGUCUGUCACUCACCAGAAGAGACCACAGGUACAGACCUUCGCUCUCUUUCCCUGGACCUCCUCUGUCCAGACCUGGACACCCACCAGGCCACGGUGGAGAACCAUGGGGAGUGGAACAGCUCCACAGCCCCAGACGGUGAUUUCUCUCUGGGCUACCCCGUGCCAGGCCAUGGCCCCCUGGGUCCCCUCCCUAAGACUUCCAUCCCUCUGUCGGUGUUGGUUCUCAGCCUGCUGGUGCUGUUCGUGUCGGCGUUCUUUGCGGCAGCGGCGCUGAUCGCCUAUGCCCUGAGGAGGCGGGACAAGCUGCCGUUCCGGCGGCAGGGAGAGGUGGAUCUGGCCGGGAUCCAGAUGGAAUGUGGGAUAUUCACUGAGCAGCAGCACCACAGGUUACCGGUACCGAAGACCCCUCCUCCUCUGUCUGCCUUGCAGCAUAGCCUUGUCUACGAUAGCAUCCUCCCCGCCGACCCUGGCCCUAACCCUAACCUCAGUCCCUCAACACACAUGUGCAGUAGCCCAGUCUAUAAGAAUGAGGAUGAUUCAGUGGUGAAGCAGCAAUGGCAACAACAGAAGCAGUUCUCUACUUCUAAAGAGAAAGGGAACGUGGGAAGAUACCCCUCGGCGGGGGAGAGAGAGAGCGAAGGACACUAUCGUUUUGUGGCAGAGAGAGAGCGAGAGUGUAACAUGGAGGUGUCCCGUCCCCCCAUCAGUACCGUUGCCGGGGCAGUGGGACCCCCUCUUUCAGAUCUCCAUGGAAACGGGACCCUCUGCCCAACGGUCAUAGACAGCCAGGGCCCCACCCCCAAGGUGGGAUUGGUUGACUGCCUGUUUGGGAUCUCUGGAAUGUCCGCCACCGUCCCAGAGUUCCGAGACCUGCCGGACAGGUAUACACGUCCCCCACCACCCCGCUAUCCCCACCCUCCACAACCCCCUCAGCCCCCCGAACCCAAAGAGGAAACUAGAGCCAGCCAAUCACUCGUGGUUACUACAAUGAUAGCGUGCGCGGGGCCAAGCAGUAGUAAUCAGAGCCAGAACUCAGAGUUUCCGCGAGAGUUGAGAAUGAGACUCAGUACCAAGCCGGAUUACAUGGAAGUCCUGGACAGAUCUUAUCAGUUCUAAUAGAUAAAUGUUAAUAUGGAACCGCUGGCGUUGACAAUAAAUGACUCCUGUAAUAUGUCAUGUCUUGAACAUGUUGAUAUGCAGAGGUAAACCUGUGUGUGGCGAGAGCUGUUAGGACUAGGAUGAAGUUACUCUUAGAUGAGGCUUUGGAAAGGAUAAGCUGAUCCUAGAUCAGUGCCUGAGACUAGCAAUUAUUUUUUGUACCGUUGAUGACUAAAUACUAAGUAUCAGGCUUUUUUUAUUCCCAGCAUCACAAAGCAAGACAAUGUGGUGUGUGUGUGUGUGUGUGUGUGUGUGUGUGUGUGUGUGUGUGUGUGUGUGUGUGUGUGUGUGUGUGUGUGUGUGUGUGUGUGUGUGUGUGUGUGUGUGUGUGUGUGUGUGUGUGUGUGUGUGUGUGUGUGUGUGUGUGUGUUCAUGUUAAACAAUGUGGUGGGUGGGUGUGUGUGUGUGUUCGUGUUAGACAAUAUAGUGUGUGUGUUCAUAUUUUCUCUCGAAAGACCUGCUGAUGAGACACUCAGUUGCUCUCCCUCUCCAAUAACAUCAUGAAACACAGUGAGAGAGAAAGAGAGACUGAGACACAGGGAGGAGUCAGGAAUGAAGUGGUAAAGAGAGGGGUGUGUAAACGCAGAGUCCCAGUCUGACGAGUGUCUAAUGUAGCAUGUAACACUUUCCAUAUGAAAAGAACGUGGAAGAGGUGUUGAAGUGUGUUUACCCUGGACACUACAUACCCGGUAUUAGUGUCACUGUGUCUGAGUGUUACUGUGGACCACAGGAUGCUGGUGAUACCUUCAUUGAGGAGGACAGGCUCAUUGUAAUGGCUGGAACAGAAUAAUGGAAUGAUAUCCAACAUGUGUCGGGUCCCAUUCCAUUCACUCUGUCCCAGCCAUUAUUAUGAGCCGUCAUCCUCUCACCAGCCUCCUGUGGUGUGGAAAGAGGAAGAAAGAGAUAUGACACAGUCAAGUGCCUUAGCAAUUAGCAGCCAGACCUGGGUCUAAUACACAUGUCCGAUACAUUCAAAAAAGUGCUUGAGAUGAGUACACACUUAUGGGGCUAUUCCGUUGGUGCCACAGUUGUACUGGGCAAACUAACUCAAAGGCAGCUCAAGUACAGUAUUUGAAUGUAUUUGACACACGUAUUUGACCGGGGCCUGCAAGCAGCCAUCAAGUGGUCAAGGCUUAUUUUUCUAUGAACACAAAUCUAUUUAUCUAAACAGUGGUUUGAAAACUAAUGGCUGGGACUCAGAGCUGCUCUGGGAAAUUGAGGGCCCUAUUCAAUCAAAAGCUGAAACAGUAUUUCCCAGAUUAUAGUCAAAAGUAGCCUUCCUCAUGUGAAGAGAUAGAGGCGUAUACUUGCAUUUGUAAGAGUUUAUUUGUGUUUGUAUAUUUGCAUUUCCUGAAUAGGACAUUUCCUGAAUAGGUUCUCAGGUGGAAUAUAAGGACCUUUGGGAUGCGAGAGAACCAUGAGACACAGCUAUAAACUCCUAAAGGGGAUGCUGACUUGACUGCUUUCAUCGGACAAACGGCAGUCAAGUCACUUCAUUGGAUUUAAAGUGGGAAAAGAACAGAAAACCAGGACAAAGCGUUUCGACACGGGAGAGACACUUCUAUGAAAUAUCGAUUAUUAUCUUUUAAGGGAGAUACCUUUUAUGCUUUUAUCUCCUACAAAUAUUAGAGGAAAUUGUGAAUAUAUUUAUUCUUAGUUUCUUGUGUGUUGGAGCUUUGCUACUGUAUGGGAUCAUAUUAUAUCAGUGUAUAGCAGAGAUGGCCAAUCCUCCUCCUGGAGAGAUACAGGGUGGUUUCCACUGGUUACCACAGCCACAAAGUCAAGAUUGGCCACAUGUAAAAAAAAUUAUGGGAUUUUUUUGUUGGCUUUUUGGUCUUAAUAUAAGGUUAGGGUAAGGUAUAAGGUUAACAGUGUGGUUCUUGUUAGGAUUAAGAUUAUUGUUAGGUUUAAAAUCUAAUUUUAAGAAGAUACUUUUUUGAAAUAGACAGAGUUUAACCAUAACUAUGACUUUGUGGCUGUGGAAGCUAGUAACAGCCCUAAUGUAGCUCCAGCCCAACAUAAACACUCCUCAUGUUAGCGAUGAAACUCAGCUUGUUGAGAGGGCAUCUCUGCAGGAAGAAGUUUGGCAGGCCCUGGUGUAAAGGACAAUUCUGCAUCUGGUUUAGCCUUCUCUACACUGACCACAUAAUAUAUACAAUAAAG